AAUAAUGGUUUCCUCCUUCAUUAUAUUUAUUUAACCUCAUUAUAUUCCAAACAACACCAACAAAAACACACGACCUCAACAACUCGAAAACUAAUACCAGGUCGUCGAAAAAAAACAUUAUCAUAUCCCCGGCCGGCGGCCAGAUCGACGGCGGCGAUGAAGCCUCCUCUGUCUUCUUCUCCUUCAUCGUCUUCUCUUCUAAAGAAGGCUCGAUUCUCUCCUUUUCUCUUCACUCUUCUCGCCUUCAUCGUCUUCGUCACCAUCCUUUACAGCGAAGACUUCACCUGCAUUUUCACCCAGCUCGACCUCUACUCCUCCCAGUCCACCCAUCUUCACAGAUCAAUCUCCAAUUUCAAGAAGAACAAACACAAAUUGGCAUUUGCCAUCGGAGAAACAGAGGAAAGUUGCGACGUUUUCAGCGGGAGGUGGGUCCGAGACGAGGAGAACAGGCCGUUGUACGAGGAACAAGAGUGUCCGUACAUACAACCGCAAUUAACCUGCCAAGAACACGGCCGCCCCGACAAGGAUUACCAGUACUGGAGAUGGCAGCCCCAUGGUUGUUCUCUUCCUAGAUUCAAUGCGACAUUGAUGCUGGAAAGCCUUCGAGGAAAGAGGAUGAUGUUUGUGGGAGAUUCCUUGAAUAGGGGACAGUUUGUUUCCAUGGUUUGUCUUCUCCAUAGAAUCAUCCCUGAGAGUGCUAAAUCUAUCAAGGAGAAUGGUUCCCUCACUGUUUUCACAGCCAAGGAUUAUAAUGCCACAAUCGAGUUCUACUGGGCACCAUUCCUUCUCGAAUCAAAUUCCGAUGAUGCUGUUGUACAUAGGAUACAAGACAGACUUGUCCGCAAAGGUUCCAUAAAUAAGCAUGGCAAACAUUGGAAAGGUGUUGAUAUAAUGGUGUUCAACACUUACCUCUGGUGGAUGACUGGUCAAGAAUUCAAAAUAUUGCAAUCUGGGGCAAUUGAAGAUAAGGAGAAAGAUAUAGCGAUGGUAUCAACGGAGGAUGCUUACCGUAUGGCAAUGAAAAGCAUGUUGAGAUGGGUGAAAAAAAAUAUGGAUCUAAAGCGAACAAGGGUCUUUUUCACUAGCAUGUCACCAUCUCAUCAAAAGGGAAUAGACUGGGGAGGAAAUCCGAAAGAGAACUGUUACAACCAAACGACAUUAAUAGAAGAUUCAAACUACUGGGGAUCGGAUAGUCGAAAAAGCAUAAUGCAGGUGAUCGGAGAAGUGUUUCAAAAAUCGAAGGUCCCGAUUACAUUUCUAAACAUCACACAACUAUCAAGUUAUAGGAGAGAUGCCCACACAUCAAUAUACAAGAAGCAAUGGAAUCCUUUGACCCCAGAGCAAAUAGCGAACCCAACCAGCUAUGCUGAUUGUGUCCAUUGGUGCAUGCCUGGCCUUCAAGAUACUUGGAAUGAGCUUUUAUUUACCAAGCUUUUCUACCCUUGAUUUUUUGCUUUUCAUUUUGUCACUUUUUAAUUGCAUUUGGAUGAGAUUUUUGGGGUGGCAAGUUGAAAGAGAAGAUCUGUGUAUAGUGUAAUGAUUCUUGCAAAGGAAAACAAAAAAAGAAGGAAAUUAUUGCUGAUUUGUUUCUCUAUGUGAUUUGAUUCAUUUAUGAUGAUAUUUAUUCUCUACAUACAACUAAUUUAGACCAAUUG